GUUCAUUCACUUUUCGCCAAGUCUGAAUGUAUUAUAAUUUAAUAUUUUAUCAUUUUAUCUAUUUAUUUUGAUAUGUUCAUAUUUAAAGUUAAUUUACCAUUAAUGAGUAUCUAUAUAUUUUUUUGUUAAUCAUGAAUUCAAACAAUAAUUUUUCUAAUUUUGUUAAAAAUGUGGAGAUUAUUAAAAAUGGUGAAACUUUGAAAUUCACUAUUCAACCGAUUCCAAAAGACAGAUAUGAUGAAGCUGUUGAUCAUAUGUGUAAAUUUUUCAUAGCUGAUGAACCUUUAUGUAAAUGUGAAAAUGUCAAGGAUGAUCCAGAAGCUAUAGAGGAUAUGAGAUCCAUAUUUAAAUUCGUAUUAGAUGAUAAUUUAAGUGUUGCGGCAUUUUUUGAAAAUCCCGAAGGUGGAAAAUCUAUAAUGGCAGGACUAAAUAUUCUCUAUCUCGGCGGAAAGAAUCAAAGAGUUGAUUUUAGUAAAUUUACUAAUUUGAAAACUGAGAAAAUUGAGAAAAUAAUGAAAAUUAUGGGCUCUUUGGGCGCAGAUGUGGAUGUGGAAAAAUCUUUCGGUUGUGACAAAUAUUUAGGAGGUUUUGGACUCAGUGUUGAUCGUGAUUAUCGUGGUCAUGCAAUUGGAUACCAUCUUCUUAUGGCUCGAAAUGAAGUUUGUGAGAGGAAUAAUAUUUUUGCGACCAUAACAAUAUUCACAUCGCCAAUAUCAAUAAAAUUAGCCGCUCGCGCUGGAUUUGAAACUCUUUCGUAUAAAACUCGUAAGGAAAUUGUCGAUGAAAAGGGACAAUUAUUACUUCCCUCUUGUGAUUCAGAUAUAUUUAAAUGUAUGGGAAAGAAAAUUAGGUAAAUUUUUUUUUCUGUUAAUGUGUAAUGUUUAUUUUUACUGUCAAAACUAAAAGUUGCAAUUUUAGGUUAUGUUUAUAAUUUUUAGAGUGAAAAUAAAAAUUCUUCAUUAAUU